GUGCUAACUGCCAAAGAAAGGAAAACUCAAUUGAUGAUAGAAACAAAUUGACUGAACAUUUUAUCAUCACACUUCCUAUGUUGCUAUCAAAGUAUUCUGCAGAUGCAGAGAAAGUAGCAAACUUGCUACAAAUCCCACAAUAUUUUGAUCUAGAAAUUUAUAGCACAGGUAGAAUGGAAAAGCAUCUGGAUGCUUUAUUAAAACAAAUUAAGUUUGUUGUGGAGAAACAUGUAGAAUCAGAUGUUUUAGAAGCCUGCAGUAAAACCUAUAGCAUCUUAUGCAGUGAAGAAUAUACCAUCCAGAACAGAGUUGACAUAGCUCGAAGUCAGCUGAUGAUGAGUUUUGCUCAUGAUCUCACAAAAUGGGAUCUGUUUGGUAAUUGCUAUAGAUUAUUGAAGACUGGAAUUGAACAUGGAGCUAUGCCAGAACAG